CUCGGCCCCCGGCCCCCUCUCCCGAACAGAUGACUCCGGUGUGGGCCAGAGCUCCGACAGCAGCGGGGUCUCCUUGGAAGAGGUGUCGGAGAGCAGCUCCAGCACAGAUGCCAUUCCCCGGGUUUACCUGCCAGAUUCAUCCUCCAUUGCCCAGUCCACCUUGGUCUCCAGUGUCUCCACUGUGAGCCAGUCCAUCAUGGUGUCAGAGUCCCCACAAGUCCUGGUCCACUCCAGCGUCAUCACUGAUGGAGCCACGAUCGUGUCAGACUCCACCGCGUCCACUUCCUCGGACCUAGGCUCUGCUAUCGACAAAAUCAUCGAGUCCACGAUUGGGCCUGACAUCAUCCAGAGCUGCAUCGCUGUGACCAGUGCGGAGGAUGGUGGGGCAGAGACUACGCAGUACCUCAUUCUGCAGGGCCCCGAUGAUGGUGCCCCCAUGGUGUCCCAGAUGGCCACCUCUGCUCUGGCCAAUAGCUUGGCGAUAGAAGCUGUUGCUGAUGGACCUACCUCCACAUGCCUUGACCAGCCUGGCCCUUCAGACCCUUCCGAGCAGUUGGAAGUGCUGGAGCUGCCCGCACGGCCAGAUCAGGCCCGAGAGGCAGAUGGUGGGGAGGAGCUGGACCAGCCGGACAUGGAGACCCUGGAAGAGAUGAUGGAGGUGGUGGUGGUGCAGCAGUUCAAGUGCAAGAUGUGUCAGUACAAGAGUGUCUCCAAGAAAACGCUAAUUAACCACAUGAAAGAGCGGCACUUCCAGCCAGUGGGUUCAGCUCUGGCUUUGAAGAAAGGACGUCCACGAAAGGGGGGAUCUGCUUCAAAGACUGCAGAGGAGGAGGUCCCAGAAGAAGAAGAUGACGACGAUAUCAUGGACGCUGGUGCUAUUGAUGACCCUGAAGAGGACAGUGACUAUAACCCAGCUGAGGAUGAGCCCCGUGGGCGACAGCCCAAGUACAGCCGCACUGUCCCCACAUCCAGCGAGGAGAGGCCGCGUCGACGCCCGGGGAGACCCCGCAAGUUUCCUCGUCUGGAGGACAUGCCCCAGGACGUGCCUGAAGGAGGGGAGGUGGAGCCCUUGGUGACGUCCCAGAGCACACUGAGCCGUGAGCUGCAGAACUCAGAAGCAGCCAGUUCCUCUGGCCUGGAGAACGGGACCAGCGAGAGCCUGGCGGAGCCCAGCAUCAGCCAGUCUGACUCCGAGAACAAGGACCCUUCCUCCAACACCGGCCCCGAGGAGGCAGACGUCAUCCCUAGGAGGCGAGGGCGGCCCUCCCGCCGCUUCCUGGGCAAGAAAUACCGCAAGUACAUGGGGCGCAGGUACUACUACAAGUCACCCAAGCCCCUGAUGAGGCCCUACCUGUGUCGUAUCUGCGGCUCACGUUUCCUCACGCACGAUGAUCUGCGUUUCCACGUCAACUCGCACGAGGCCAAUGACCCGCAGCUCUUCAAGUGUCUUCAGUGCAGCUACCGCUCCCGGCGCUGGUCCUCCCUCAAGGAACACAUGUUCAACCACGUGGGCAGCAAGCCCUACAAGUGCGAGGAGUGCAAUUACACCAGCGUGUACAAGAAGGACGUCAUCCGGCACUCCACAGUGCACAGCCGGGACAGGAAAAAGAGAGCUGAUCCGCCCCCAAAGCUGAACUCCUUCCCGUGCCCUGUAUGCAACCGUAUCUACCCCAUGCAGAAGAGGCUUACGCAGCACAUGAAGACGCACAGCACGGAGAAACCACACAUGUGUGACAAGUGUGGGAAGUCCUUUAAGAAGCGGUACACCUUCAAGAUGCACCUGCUGACGCACAUCCAGGCCAUUGCCAACCGCAGGUUCAAGUGUGAGUUCUGUGACUACGUCUGCGAGGACAAAAAGGUCCUGCUGANNCACCAGGUGUCGCACAUGAAUGACAAGCCCUACAAGUGCAGCUUCUUCAAGUACUCCACCUUCCGGGAGGACUUCCUGGUCUCCCACAUGGCUGUCAAGCACACAGGAGGGAAGCCGUUUGCUUGUGAGUUCUGUCACUUCACCACCAAGCACAAGAAGAACCUGCGCCUCCAUGUGCACUGCCGCCACGCCGACUCCUUUGAGGAGUGGGCACAGAGGCACCCCGAGGAGCCGCCCUGCCGCCGCCGCCCCUUCUUCACCCUGCAGCAGAUCGAGGAGCUGAAGCAGCAGCACAGCCAGGUGGCAGUGGUGAAGCCGGGUGAUUCAGGAGAGGCACAGGCCCCCUGAGAGCCGCAGGCACAGGAGGAGGGGGCAGAGAUGGACUCUGAGGAGCAGCAGCAGCAGAAGUUGGUAACGCUGCACAUGGCAGAGCCUGGGGAGACAUUGGUGCAAGAGGCUUAUGAGGAGGCGACGCUGGGGGGUUCGGAGCUGCAGCAGAUCACGAUCCCCUUUGGCGGGACAACAGAAUACAGCAUCAUCACACCCAUCAGUGAGGAGAUUCAGGCUCCGGGCACGCUGUACAGUGAGGAGGAGAGCCCUGCAGAGACCUCCCAUGCGGUUGUGGUGAGUGAAGCUGUGUUGACAGAGGAGGCCCUGAAGGACCAUAACAAUCACUAUAUCAUGUCAUCCGGCAUACCGGGGAGCCAGUUCCAUCACAUUGAGCCCCUCAGCGGGGACGCUGCCUUUCCCUCGCCUGCGGAGGGCCAGGAGGCACAGCCCACCAGCGUCAAGUGGCCCCUGGUGCAGUGUGUCACCAGGCAGCUCCAGAAGGACUCGUCUUUAUCCCCAGCCUCCGAGGGGCAAGAAAUCUCAUCCCCAAAGGUCAAGUGGCCUGCGCUCCAAGGCAUGGCCAAGAAGCUCUCAUGCAAGGUUUCCACAGCCAAGAAGCUCUCAUGCAAGAUUUCCACAGCCAAAAAGUUUUCAUGCAAGAUUUGCACAGCCAUGUUCACAGGGAGAGCAGAAAUGGAGAGUCACAAGAGAGCCCACAUUGGGCCUAGCACCUUCAAGUGUCCCGACUGUCCAUUCACUGCAGCCCUCUGGCCAGAGGUUCGGAGCCACAUGGUCCAGCAUGCCAGCCUUCGGCCACACAAGUGCACCCACUGCAGCUUCGCCUCCAAGAACAAGAAGGACCUGCGCAGGCACAUGCUGACACACACCAACGAGAAGCCCUUUGCCUGCCAGAUCUGUGGGCAGAGGUUCAACCGUAAUGGGCACCUCAAGUUCCACAUGCAGCGUUUGCACAGCUCAGAGGGGAAGAGGCCAGGGGCGCCUGCAGCUGCUGCCCAGCAGACCAUCAUACUGAACAGUGACGAGGACACGCUGGCCACGCUGCAGACGGCUCUGCAGUCCGGCCAGGCAGUGCUGGCUCCCGAGCGGCUGCAGCAGGCCCUGGGGCAGGAACACAUCAUCGUUGCUCAGGAGCAGAGUGUCGCGAGCCAGGAGGAGGCUACGUACAUCCAGGAGAUCACAACUGCCGAUGGACAGACAGUACAGCACUUAGUGACCUCUGACAACCAGGUUCAGUACAUCAUUGCCCAGGAUGGUGUACAGCACUUGCUUCCCCAUGAGUAUGUUGUUGUCCCGGAGGGACAUCACAUCCAGGUACAGGAUGGUCAGAUCACCCACAUCCAGUACGAGCAGGGCAGCCAGUUCCUCCAGGAGCCGCAGAUCCAGUACAUGCCUGUCUCGCCUGAGCAGCAGCUUGUCACCCAGGCGCAGCUGGAAGCAGCUGCACACUCAGCGGUCUCAGCAGUGGCUGAUGCUGCGAUGGCCCAGGCACAGGGCGUGUUCACCGCCGAGGCCGCGGCCGAGCAGAUCCAGCAGCUGCAGCAGGGGAUCCACUACGACGUCAUCACGCUGGCAGACUAGCACCGGGGCCGGGCCCGGCUGGUGCUGGGACACCCGUGCUGAGCAGGACAGCUGCACCAGGCAGGAGCCUCCUCAGCCAGCAGUUGCCUUAUUGCUUCGGGGCUACGAGGGACGUGCCUGCGCGUGCCGUGGCAGGGGCAUGCUGCUGCUCGGCCGUGCGCCGCGAGGGUCCUGCGCAUCGUCCCCGGCAUGGGCAGCUGUCUCCAGCAGCGACUGCUCCGCAGCCGAGGCGCCGAGGCAGGCUGAGCGGUGGCAGCGCUCUCGUGUGGCCGGUCUCUUUGCCUGUUGCACUUGAUGGUCUGAAAUCCCUUUUCCUGAAUCAUGUCUGUGUGGGCCAAACUUGGAUCGGUGUCUGCCUGGUACACGAGGAUCCUGGGAGAGAGCCAUGGGGCUGAGCACCGCCGCGCGGUACGGUGUGAGAGGUGUGUGUGCGGCCGCAGCCAUGCGCUCCCCGCUCCGCAGUUGUGGGGCGUGCGGUCCUGGCGGGAGGGCAGCCGUCCCUCCCUUGGCUUCUCCGGCCUGCGGGCAGGCAGCAGUAGGGCUUUGGACUGGAGGAACCCAGAGUAGGAAGAAGCAGGGGUGGAAGAUGUUCUAUUUUUCUUCUGAAGAGGGAUGGACUCUGGAGUUGGUUCGUAGGUGGUUGCGGGAGGGGUUCAAUUCUGACAUUCUCAAGCUUUGACUAUGCUUAUGAAUAAAAAGGGACUGAAACCU